AUGCAGCUGAUGCGGGAGGGGGACAAGUGGGAGCUCUACGUCCCCUCCAGGCUGGCGUACGGGAACAAGGGCAGCCCCAGCGGCAGCGUCAGGCCGGGCGCCUCGCUGGUGUUCCAGCUGAAGAUCGACAAGGCGUGCUCCCGUGCGGGGGAGCGCCAGCGGGCUGGCGCGCCGGACGGCGGCUGCGGCAGCAGCGGCGGCCGGCCCGGGCAGCGCCUCUCGGGGCGAUCUGGCACAGGCCACGCCUUCCGGGCCACGUGCCGCGGGCUUCCGGGCGUGCCCGCUCGGGGCGAUAUCCACGCACGGGUCUCGGCGGCGACGGGCGCGUCCGAGGCCGACAGAGAGCAGCGCGUCUGCUCGGCGGCGCGCCUCCCCGGCGCGGCGCGGGCCGCCGGCGGGCCCGGCGAGCCCGGCGAGCCGGGCGAGCGGCAGGCGCGGCGGCCCCCGCUGCCGCACGACGCGCUCAGGUCUGCCGCGCCCGCCCGGCCCGGGCCGGCUGCGAGGGCCAAGUCCGCCGAGCUCGACCUCGUCGGGCUGGACCCCAGACUGGUCGAGAGGAAGGAGAUCCGCAGCUACAAGGAGCACUUCGAGUCGGUGGCCAGCAUGUUCACGUGGGGCCUGCAGCCUGGGGAGGUCUCGAGCAGGAAGGAGCAGUACCUCCGCGAGGCACUUCAGUUGUUUGCGCAGUUCUGCGACAUCAUGGGGUCCCUGGAGUCGCAGUUCAACAACGACCUGGCGGCGCCCGACGCGGCCACGCCGCAGAUGACCCAGCAGGCGCUCAGCGCCGCCGCCACGCGCGGCGGCGGCCUCUACGGGGUCUUCCUGAAAGGCAUGAUCGACAAGAUGGCGGACGCCCCGGAGCCGGUGCCGAGGCCGCUGGAGCCGGCGAGGGGCGUGUGCGGCCUCAAGUACUACAAGGUGGUGCAGAACCGCACGGAGGUGUACGACAUCGUCACGCGGACGUUCCACAAGAAGGCCGGCUGGGAGGAGCUGCCCCACGGGCUCGGCCUGUCCAACGCGUGGAACCUGUGCUGGACGUGGAGCAAGCCCAAGCUGGACUACUCGCGCCUCCUGACGUGGCAGAAGGUCAACCACUUCCCCGAGAACAAGCACAUCACGCGCAAGGACUGCCUGAAGCGGACUCUGGAGCGGUACACCAAGAUGGGCGGCAAGUCCGGGAAGUAUUGGGACAUCUGCCCGAAGACCUUCGUUCUUCCCAAGGAGUACUGCCUCUUCAUCGACGCCUUCGCCAAGAUCGCCCAGGAGAACGGCGACGACGACUCCGACAGGGACGCGCCCGCACGGGCGGCCAAGCACCCGAACAAGGUGCCGAACCUGUGGAUCAUGAAGCCCGCGGGCAGCAGCCGCGGCCGGGGCAUCCAGGUUGUAGACGACGUCGGGUCGGUGCACUACGGUGAGCUGACCAUCAUCCAGCAGUAUAUUCCCGAUCCCUUCUUGAUCAACGGCUACAAAUGGGACAUGCGAACGUACGUUACCGUGACGUCGUUCAACCCGCUCGAGGCGUUCAUCUACAAGGAGGGCUUCGCUCGCUUCACCACCGUGCCCUACUCCACCGACAAGGACAGAGUCCCUGGAGAACAAAAUGGUCCACCUGACCAACUCCUCCAUCCAGCGCCACAACGAGGAGCUCGAUGA